AUGGCUGCACCAAGAUACGGCUCACCAGGUGUUGAUCCUGCACCACUCUUUGAGCCCCUAACCUUUACACCCUCUGGACGCACCGGACCGAACCGCUUCCUCAAAGCCGCUACGUCUGAACGACUAUCUUCAUGGGACCCCAAGGACGAAUCAGCCCGAGGAAUUCCCUCAAAGCAACUGAUCACCCUAUACAGAAGUUGGGGUGCCGGCGGAUGGGGCCAGAUUCUCACGGGCAACAUCGCCACCGACGCCGUGCAUCUCGAAGCAGCGGGUAACGCCAUCGUCAAGGCAACCGAUCCCUUUGAGGGUCCCCGAUUUGAAGCCUUCAAGGAACUAGCAGCUGCUGGAAAGGAAAAAGGCAGCCUCUUGAUCGGCCAAAUCACCCAUGCAGGUCGUCAAGUCGAAUCCUGGAUACAACCCAACCCCAUCAGCGCUUCUGCGGUCCCUCUAAAGCAGUCUGCCACGGGCCGUACCUAUGGUGAAGCACGAGAGGCCACCAAGGAAGAUAUUUCUGCUAUCAUCGAGGGAUUCGCUCACGCCGCAGAGUACCUGGAAAAGGCUGGCUUUGACGGCAUUGAGCUUCACGGUGCUCACGGCUAUCUAAUCGCUCAAUUCCUCAGCCCCCGUACCAACAAGCGAACUGAUGAGUACGGAGGCAGCCUCGAGAACCGUUCCCGAAUCGUCUUUGAGAUUGCCAACGAGAUCCGAAAACGCGUGAGCCCCAAGUUCAUCCUAGGCAUCAAGAUCAACUCGGUCGAGUACCAACCAGAAGGCAUCACACUCGACGACGCCAAGAACUUCAGCAUCGCGUUGGAGAAUGCUCAUUUCGACUUUAUCGAGAUCUCCGGUGGAAACUAUGAGAAGCUAGCAUUCAAGCACGUUAAGGAGGAGAACCGCAAACGCGAGAAUUACUUCCUCACCCAGGCAGAGGAAAUCAUCAAAUCCCUCAAGGGAGAAACCAGAGUAUUUUCAACUGGAGGAUUCAAGACGACCGAAGGUCUUGUCAACUCCCUCGCCACCCUCGACGGCGUGGGUUUCGGACGAGCAGCGUGCCAGGACCCUGGACUUCCCAAUGCGAUCAAGAACGAGGGCGCAACCGGAGUUUUGAAGCAGGCAUAUGAUGAAGAGGGUUUCCAAGCGAUGGCCCUUGUUUUUGUGCUCAUUAACCAGAUUGCAAACGGUUUACGGCCAGCAGACUUUUCGGUGCAAGAGAAUGUUGAUGAGGCGUGGGAAAAGGCGAAGCAGCAUUUGCAGCGGGUCGCAGAGGACAAGGAGCAUUAUGUGAUCUAG